AUGUGGACACUAGUUCUUGCCAAAGCUUUCCUAGGAUGCUCUUAUCACAUUUUCUCGUUCACAAAUUUAUACUUCGAAUAUCCUUUUGUUGUAAGUCUGCAGAAAAAGGAAAGAAGCAGGGAAUAUUUUCCUACUGUCACAAUCUGCAAUUUGAAUCGAAUGAAGUUGGAAUUCGGAGUGAAUUCAUCGAAGUAUCAAAAUAGUGAUGACGAAUUAAGUAUCAGUUCUCUCCUACAAUCAGAGAAAAGAAGUCUCACCACACGAAACAAAACUGAUUCGAAAACUCAACAGGAUUUUCUUGCGAACUACUUCAAACUGAGUCCUAAAAUCCGACAAAACUUCGGAUAUCAUUUUAACGAAGUUGUUAUAAGUUGUUCAUUCAAUUUCAAGCACUGCAAAUUUCGACAUAAUUUAAAUAUGCGUUACGGAAAUUGUUUUACUUUUGAUGGCGUAAAUGGCAAUUUUAAAGAUCCGCUAAAUUCAAAAUCCGUCGGCCUAAACAACGGCUUGGAAAUGAUUUUAAAGGUUGAUCCGGUACAGUAUCUUCCAAUAUCCCAUACGGUGGGAAUGAGAAUUGUUAUACAUGAUCCGUCUAAUGAACCGAAUCCUGAAUACAGAGGAAUCACUAUAGCACCUGGUUUCGAAACGCAUGUCUCUUUAAAACAGAAAGAGAUUCACAGACUGCCCUUCCCCUAUAAGGAUAAAUGUGUUUUGUAUGGAAGUGAAGAACAGCCUCUGGUGAGAAGUCGAAAACAGUACACAGAAUCUUGCAUUCAAGAAUUCAACUUCGCAGCAUGUGAUUGUAUAGAACCCACUUUCUGGACAACGGCAAAGUAUAAACAUUGCGAUACGGUAAACUCUACACAAGCUACUUGCCUCGAUAAUUUGAUAAAAGAUCUUGCCGUUGAAGGGACAAACUGUCAAUAUCCGCCUGCAUGUGUUUCAAUAUUCUACGACGAACAAAUAGCAAAGGCCCUUUGGUCUUCAAAGGCAUAUUUCUUCAAGAAGCACAACCAUUCUGAAAGUUUUUUCAAAAAAUACAGAAAAUCUCACGCGAAAGUUCGCAUUCUCUUCUCAAACCUAGAAAAAUCUAAGUAUGAGCAAAAAGCUAAAUUCUUGAUUCCCGAGUUGUUAAGUUGUUUGGGUGGUGAAAUUGGACUCUGGCUUCGAAUCUCUUUGCUUGUUUUAAGUGAAAUUAUUUAG